AUGCCAUUCAGAUUCCCAGUUCAAUUCGAACUUCCUAAACACUGUUACGUGAAUGGUAGAGUGAUCAAGGAUCAAUUCAAAAGAUUACAGUAUGCCGAGCAUGAGGUUACCAGAAAUGCAUUAAGAUAUAUCGCCAGAAACACCGAAUUACUGGCUAGGGUUAGAUUGGAGGCACAGUUACAGUUAACAGCUAUGCCUAAAUACACUUCGUACAGUCAGAUCAAGAAUAGGUGUGUUGCAUCGGGACAUGCAAAGUCUGUGCUCACCGACUUUAAGCUCAACAGAGUAUGUUUGUAUCAGGAGGUUAAUAUGACAUAG